CAAAGCUGCUGAGUCUCAACACCCAGAUAAGGAGAUUAGAGGUGAGGCUUCUGCUUCAGCACCUUCCCCUUGGAGCUGCAGGUCUGACUGACUCCUCAGCUGGUCGCUCCAAGUGUUGACUCUCUGGAAGCUUCAUUUUGGGCAAAAAAAAAAAAAAAAUGUGUGAUCAGACCUUUCUAGUUAAUGUAUUUGGCUCCUGUGACAAAUGUUUCAAACAACGAGCUCUGAGACCAGUUUUCAAGAAAUCUCAACAGCUCAGCUACUGUUCAAUGUGUGCAGAAAUUAUGGCAACCGAUGGGCUGCACGAGAACCAGACGCUGGCGUCGCUGAAGAGCGAGGCCGAGAGCCUCAAGGGCAAACUGGAGGAGGAGCGGGCCAAGCUGCACGACGUGGAGCUACACCAGGUUGCGGAGCGGGUGGAGGCCCUGGGGCAGUUUGUCAUGAAGACCAGAAGGACCCUCAAAGGCCAUGGGAACAAAGUUCUCUGCAUGGACUGGUGCAAAGAUAAGAGAAGGAUUGUGAGCUCAUCCCAGGAUGGGAAGGUGAUCGUGUGGGAUUCCUUCACUACUAACAAGGAGCACGCGGUCACUAUGCCCUGCACGUGGGUGAUGGCUUGUGCAUAUGCCCCAUCAGGAUGCGCCAUUGCAUGCGGUGGUUUGGAUAAUAAGUGUUCUGUGUAUCCACUGACAUUUGACAAAAAUGAAAACAUGGCUGCCAAAAAGAAGUCAGUCGCUAUGCAUACCAACUACCUGUCUGCCUGCAGCUUCACCAACUCAGACAUGCAAAUCCUGACGGCGAGCGGCGAUGGCACAUGUGCCCUGUGGGACGUGGAGAGCGGACAGCUGCUGCAGAGUUUCCAUGGGCACGGGGCCGAUGUGCUCUGCUUGGACCUGGCCCCCUCAGAAACAGGCAACACCUUCGUGUCUGGGGGAUGUGACAAGAAAGCCAUGGUGUGGGACAUGCGCUCUGGCCAGUGCGUGCAGGCCUUUGAAACACACGAAUCUGACAUCAACAGUGUCCGAUACUACCCAAGUGGAGAUGCCUUUGCUUCAGGAUCAGAUGAUGCUACGUGUCGCCUCUAUGACCUCCGGGCAGACAGGGAGGUCGCCAUCUAUUCCAAAGAGAGUAUCAUAUUUGGAGCAUCCAGUGUGGACUUCUCCCUCAGUGGUCGCCUGCUGUUUGCUGGAUACAAUGAUUAUACCAUCAAUGUCUGGGAUGUUCUUAAGGGGUCCAGAGUCUCCAUCCUGUUUGGACAUGAAAACCGCGUUAGCACUCUACGAGUUUCCCCCGACGGGACUGCUUUCUGCUCAGGGUCAUGGGAUCAUACCCUAAGAGUCUGGGCUUAAUCGUCUCUUCACAAUGCACACCUGAGAGUAGAAUUUGAAAUCAUCAUAUGUAAACAGAUCUUUCUUCUAGAGGAUCUGAGGGCUACUGCAACUUAGCUUAAAGGAGCAACUCUAUGGCUGAAGUUCACUCAGCGUCCCCAAUAUUACCAUUAAAACUACCACCCUUGGAAAGAUACUGGUGUGAGCCUCCAGCACUAGGACACCUUCAAGUACAGUGUCUUGCAUUUUGAACACUUUUUAAAAUUUAUCCAUUUUUAAGGUUAUUCUAGUUAUAUAGUCUCAUCUCAUUCUAUUACCAACAGGAUUCAGCAUUUAACAUAUCCUGUAGUACUUCCUUAAAUGAAAUUUGUUUUCAGAGCACUUUAAAAUCUGAUUCCUCUCAGUGUGCACUGUCUUUGGAACCUUCCUCUAGAAGUGCUGAUCUUAAUGCACUACAUGAGGCAGACUGUGCUGACUAGUCUGUGAUAGAAGAUUCCAAUUCCAAAUGUAAUUGGAAAAUAAUCACUUUUUUUAAGUUUAUUUAUUUGUUUUGAGAGAGAGUAUAUGUGCAUGCGUGGCGGAAAGGCAGAGAGAGAGGGAGAGAGAGAGAAUCGCAAGCAGACUCUGUGCUGUCAGCGCAGACUGCAAUGCAGGGCUCGAUCUCAUGAACCUGUGAGAUCGUGACCUGAGCCGAAAUCAAGAGUUGGAUGCUUAACCUAGUGAGCUACCCAGGUGCCCCUGGACAUAAUCACUUUUUAAAAAUUUUUUUAUUGUAAAAAUUUCUUUUUCACUCUGGUAGUGUCUUUUUCAGAUCAAACAUUUCCAUCUCUGUGAACGGUUCUAAAUGAAGGAGAGAUAGGCAUUGAGUGGACAGGAUGUUUGAUUUAUGAAUUCUGUGAUGAUGCAAUCACUUGGACAUGAUAUUUCCUGUCAUUGAAGAGUAAAGCUGAAUGCUGUUUGUGACACAAAUGCUUCUCAGAGCAACCAGAACCUUUCUGUGCAGGAACACAAGACCGCAAACUUAUUUAAAAACCUGUUAGUAAUAGUAGAUGUUCUAGAAUUAAUAGCAUCCACUCAGGCUAAAGUAGAUCAUAUCCAUAUAAAGUAUAUUCAUAUUUAUUGCAUUGAAAAAGUAAUUACAUAUGCAAAUUAACUGAUAGGUCUUGAGUAAGAAUAUCUUUGCUGCUCUUAUAUUGAGAAAAAAGAACAUAAAAAAAUACCUUGUCUCUAUUUGAAAUUCAGCGUUUCCUUCUGGAAGACACCAAGAAUUUUUGUUACAGGAUCCCUUUGUCCUUUUUUAAGGUGUUGAGGGCUCUUCUUUCAUUCAUAAACAUGGCAUGCAUUACUUAAUCAAACAGAAGGUCACCUCACACACCAAAAAUCAUUCCCAGUGGAGGCCUGCCCUGGGAGUGGUCUGGGGUCCUGUGGUGCCCUUGGGCUUGUGUGCUGAGGGCCCUGGGUCAUCCAGUCUCCUCUCUUGGCCCUGCUCCAGCCUGGCCCUUCUCCUAGUAGUAGUUCUGGCCCUGCUGUUCAGAGAGGCCCUCCCAGAGCUGGAGCAGGGCAUGGCCAUCAGACAGGUCUGGCCCUGGGCCUCCUGCAAACAUGAGGGCGUGUGCCAGGCCCGCCCUCAAAGCUACUGGUUCAGGUAUCAUAAUGGGCCAGUCAAAAAUCAGCUAGGCUAGCUUUUCCACUAAUUAUUUUCAAGUAAAUAUAAUGGUUAGAUUCAGUCAUUUGCCAAGCAAACAUUUUACUGAGGGUUUUACUACACAGCAGGCCUUGGGGUAGAGAGAGAAAUGUACAAGGCCCCUGCUUGACUCCAAAGAGCCCAGAAUGAGCCACCUUCUCUCCCCUUGCCCAGUGGAAUCCAGUCUGGGCAAGGGCUCAGGGAAAUGGGCCUAGCCAGCUCCUGCCAGCUGAUUAAGGGCCAGGCCCCUGAGUGUGUCUCACAGAAUUCCCAAGCUGCACUCCCAGAACAUCCCAGAGCUUGCUCCUGGUCUCCUAGUUAUAGCAUCCCCUUCCCUCUCUCCUACAGACCCCUUAGUGUCUCUGCACUCUGACCUGUACCUCCUAGAAGUGAAGGAAUACAGGACAAAAGAAGUCACCUAGACUAUGGGGAGGCAAAUUCAAGGUUAUGUUUGGAGAGGCAGAGAGCAUCUUCAGUAUAUGUGCAAAAAUGGCCCAUAACUUUCCAAUCAAAAAAGCUUUGGGGGAAAAAAAACGAUGAACGCAUUCCCUAGAACACUCACCCACGUUGGCAGUAAACCACCGCCUACCAUAAGUAUUUGAUUUCACAGUGGGUGUUGUUUAGUAUUUAUUAAUGAAAUACUUGGUUUGGAAUAUACCACACCAUGUGGGGACUCCAGGGUAACUCCGGUAAUAAAUUGUAUUUUGCAUAUUGAAAA